AUGCUGCAAUGUACACAAUUGAAAGGAUGUAGAAAAUCGAAAGAAUUGAUGUUAAGACUACUCAUCAUUAUUUGUUUUUUUGUCAAACUGUACUUUUUUAAGAAAACAAAUUCCCAAAGCAGCAGCCAUUAUUACCUAGCUCUGUUCAGGAGAAAUGGGAACCUUCCGCUUUUACACCAGAAAUGCGGAAAGCCUUUCACCAAAAGGUAUAAUUUUGGAAGAGUUACCAAUAGAUGUGACAAUGGAUGUGUCCACCACGGUAGCAGGAAGAAAAUCGCCUUUCUUGUGACUCGUUUUAACCUAACCGGCUGUACCAAAGAUGGAAAAAAGAGGAGAAGCACCACGAGGGGACUCCCACCUAGCACCUGCUUGAAGCUAACGAGCGGGGAGGAUCAAGGUAAUUCACUUGGAGAAACAGCGGACUAUGAGGUCAACGUAAACGGAGAAAGUGACAAUGGAGGAGGGGACAAGAAAGAUGGGGACAACGGAAGGGGGGACAAACCCCAAAUCAGUGCCAACAGAAAAAAAAAAAAGUUAAGCUUUAAAUUUACAUCGUGGAAUAACACCAACGAAAUGAACAGCUUUGACCUGGAGAAGUAUAGCAAGCACAACGACUCAGUAGGUAGUGAAAACUUCUCCCCAAAUUUUCAGUCCGCCUACUACUCGGCUAAGAGUACAUCCGGAAAACCCAGUGCCAAUCACACGAACAUAAUCAUUAAUCAGGAGUUAGUCAAUGCCCUGUCGGUGGAAGAGAUAUUCGAUGUCCUUAACAAGCACAGCGAAAACGCUAAAACAGAUUCGGAAAAAAAAAAAGUUUUUAAUGAAGUCAAUAUCGUGACGGCUUAUCACCGAAUAGCCAAACAUGUGAAAAAUAAAAAUUUCUCCUCGAAGGGAGAAGGCAGAGGAAGACAAGGAGGAACAUCAAGCAGCGACUUCGACCCGGUGACCUUCAGCCUCUUCGAGACCUAUUCCCCGGUGGGGGGAUGGAAUUCAAUUGAGGAGCGGUCCAAGGGAGAGCAAUCCAGUGGGGUAUAUCGAGCAGAUCUUUUCCCAACGGACGAACAUACGCGGCGCGAAGAAGACCGCCCUCCCUGUAGCAACCACACAAAUCUUCUGACCAGACGCACCUACAGUAGCAUCUAUGCGUUGAUGAAGCAAACUCUACUGUCCAACGCGCCUGUAAUCCCAAAACACGUGGCAAACAUCGCAUGGGCCUCAGCCAUUUUGUCCAACAGAGAAGUAGACAUAUGGAACAAUAUAAAAAAAAGAUUUUUCGAAAAUGCCAACAAUUUCAAGGCACAAGAAAUUUCUAUCAUCCUUUGGUCCUUCAGUGCAAUCAAGUUCGAAAUAAUUACCACUAAGGAGGAGUUCAUUUCUGUGCACAACUGCUUGAUGAAGUACUUGAGGGAAUAUAAAUUUAAGGCUCAAGAAUUUAGCAAUGUCAUUUGGGCCAUCGCAACAUCCAACUGUUGUAACUACGACCUGUUAAUCAGCCUCUACAAUUAUGCGUUGGAUAUUUUUGAUUCUCUUCUAUUGAAGGAUAUAGCCACCAUUUUGUACAGUCUCUCUAUUUUUGCGGCGGAUUCUUCUAAUAAGGAUAUUCUCGAUGUCAUUAGAGAAAAUCACUUGAUAAAAUUUGGCAUAGAGAAAGACUACUUAACAAUUUGUAAACUUAACCGAGACUCCACAAAUCAAUCAAAAGAUAUAUUCGGAAAAAAUUUCAGCUAUUUUAAACGAACCAGUGGAGAUGGACAUUCAGAUGUCACCAUUAAUAGUUUAGUGAUGAAUCAAAAUACAGAUAGUGAUAAAAAAUACGCAGCUUUUCUUCUGUUUGAAAAUUUUUUGUUAUAUUCGCUGGAGAAAAUUACCAAGGAGAAGGACAAAAUGACUAUGCGGACAUGGUCUAGCAUUUUCUGGCCCUGCGCGAAUAUCGGCUUGGGUCUCUACAGGGAUGUGCCUUCACAGCACAAGUUACGCUACUACACGUAUGGCGUUUAUGGAAAUUGUGGAAACAUUACCCUUGGUGAAAGCGUUAAGGGAAAUACCCUCUACGGUAGCAGAGAGGCAAACACCCCCCCCCAAAUGAAUGCCUCUGAGGAAGCCACUCCGCCCACGAACUGCAAGCCAUAUGUUCACAUCACCGACGGAGAGUACGUCUUCCCCCUGAUGGAGGAGGAUAUUCGCCAGGAGACAUGUACCCAGUUGAACCAGAAAGAAAUGGCGGACCUCGGAAUAAGUGUUCCUCUAGAUAUAUAUAACAGGAAGGAGAACAAAGUGAGCCAUUCUCCCCCAAAUACGCCUCACGCGAAAAUAUGGGAUAGUAAUCAUUUCGAGGAGAUGGACCGCCAAACAAUGCGGACAAGUGAAAGUAUGCAUGUGAAAGGAUUGGAGGAAACGCACAAUGAGCAGCCGUUUAGCAAUGUGAAUAACAAUGCCCCUAGGGUGGGUUCAAACGGGACACAACAGAUUCACUUACCAAACGACGAAAUGAACAAACCGAUUUCGAACACCCCUCAUGGUGGGAGCACACUAAUCAGUAUAGGGAACAAGAGCCCAGAAGACGAAUCACACCAACAGAGAAGUAACCCUAAAGGGGGGGGACAAAUAGAAGAGGACAAAUAUGCCAACUUUAUGAAUCACAUAAACGAGAAAAAAGAAGACGAAAAUUUAUAUAAUGACACAAACAGGAGCGCGGUGAUGGUGAAGUUGCUAAGCCUCUUCGAAUCACAGUUGAAAGAAAAAAGUGUAAAGUGGAGCAAGUGUGAAGUUCAGUCCAUUGCUAACAUCCUGUGGAGUCUUUCCAUCUUGAAUCUCUUCCCGAGUGGUAUUUUUGAAAAUGCACUACAGGAAUGUAAUAAGAGAUUUAUAAAAUAUGGAAAAAAAAAAAAUUCAAGCAAAUUGCAAUUUUUUAUCUCGCAAAUCCAUCAGUCACAGUUGUAUCAGGCCUCUUUUGCUUACUGCUUAUUUUUAAUGAGGAAAAAUUCAAAGGCCAGUAAACAAAUAGACAAAAGAUAUGAACAAACGGUGCCUCCAAAUGAACAUAUCGAUAAUACUACGUCGUUGAAGAGAAAAAUACAAGCUACAUUUGACAAAUAUUUCAAAGUCUCCUCCAACACGUUAAGUAUAUGGAAAAAACAGCUAGCUAGAAAUCAACGGAAAGAAGAAAAAAAUCAAGUUUCUUCAUCUGUACAUAAGAAAAUUUCGAACGAUUUGAGGCACCUUAAUAUUUUUCACCACAACGAGUAUUUCAUUUUGGACUCCCUUCUCGUGGAUGUUUACGUACCCAGUGCGAGGGUCGCCAUUGAAAUAGACGGACCUAGCCAUUUCCUCCAGAAGGGGAAACUCAUUUUGUACAAUCCCAAUUCGCUCUUCAAGAAGAGAUUGCUGAGGGCGCUUGGCUUUUCCGUCAUUUCCAUUUCCAUUAGCGAGCACACCUUCAUGUUCAGCGCCUUGAAUACUUUCAAUUUUUUGAAGAAGUUCCUAAGCAACGUGAACUUUGGCAGAGACGGUUAG